CUACUCUCCUCCUCAUCACCGCAAAUCUAGAGAGUGAAACCCUAACUAUUUGAAGCGAAAGGGAUGGGGAGAGGAAAGAUCGUGAUCCGAAGGAUCGACAAUUCGACUAGCAGGCAAGUGACUUUCUCAAAGCGAAGGAGUGGAUUGUUGAAGAAGGCGAAGGAGUUAGCGAUCCUUUGCGAUGCCGAAGUCGGUCUGAUGAUCUUCUCCAGCACUGGAAAGCUAUAUGAUUUCGCAAGUACCAGGUCUGAUACUAUUUCUUGCAUGAAAUCAAUAAUUGAACGAUACAACAAAGCAAAAGAGGAGCAUCAUCAACUGCUGAAUCCGUCUUCAGAAGUCAAGUUUUGGCAACGGGAGGCUGCUAGCUUGAGGCAACAAUUGCAGAACUUGCAAGAAAAUCACAGGCAACUGAUGGGAGAAGAGCUGUCUGGUUUGAGUGUCAAAGAGCUUCAGAAUCUGGAGAAUCAAUUGGAGAUGAGUCUCCGUGGUGUUCGUAUGAAGAAGGACCAAAUGUUAACAGAUGAAAUACAAGAAUUAAACCGAAAGGGAAAUCUCAUACAUCAAGAAAAUAUGGAACUGUAUAAGAAGGUAAACCUCAUUCGGCAAGAAAACAUGGAAUUAUACAAGAAGGUUUAUGGAUCAAGGGAUACAAAUGGAGCAAACAAAAGUUCCCUUAUUCCACAUGGAUUUAGAAUUGGCGAGGACUUGCAUGCACCUGUCCAUCUCCAACUAAGCCAGCCACAGCAGCAGAACUAUGAGACACCAGCAAGAGCUACCAAAUUGGGACUACAACUGCAUUAGAGAAUGGGCUUACGAACUGUGGACCGACAUGACACAUAAGUUCCAGUCAGUGAAUGCCCACAGUAACUCACAUUGAGCUUCUACCAGUCAUCCGUGGUAAUUCUGCACAAAAGAUCCUUAGAUUUAGUGUGGGUGGAACCAACUUUAGAUUGGUGUGACAUGAUCAAUGUAACCACCUAUGUAAUGUUUCAAAACAAUAAAAAAUCAGUGUGUAAUGAGAGUUUUCAUAC